AGACAUAUGCAACCAAAAUGAUGGUACAAUACUGAUCAGCAAUGGACACGAUGAUUUUGAACGAGACCAUUGAGCACUGCUAUCAACCUCCUACUGAGACGGAAACCUAUAGGUUGUUCGCUAUGAUGGUCAAUGGUUACAUGACAACUGCCCUGGUGAUUCUUGGCACAAUUGGAAAUGUGCACGGAGUAAGACGGGUUCAGGUGACUAAUCUCGACAAGCGGCGAGGGAUAGUGUUAGCCGUAUCACUAAUAGCAUUAGCCAUUUGGGACACGAUCCUUCUAUGGUGUGCCUUCUUCUACUAUGCUAUUCGAAAGCUACCAUUAGCCGUCAGCACUGACUGGUUAAAUAUCCUCAUGCCAUGGUUUCAUCCGUUCUCUAAUAUUGCCAAUACUGCAGCGACAUGGUGUGUUGUGGCGAUAACAUGGCAACGAUUCAUGGCCACAAGGGACCCGUUUCGAACUCCAAGACCUGCCCCUAUAGUGCAGUCCUUCCGAAGCGAACGGAGGAUCUCAUUUAUGUACUGCUCAACAUAUCGUCGCCUACUUCGAAUGCCUAUUGCUCUUUCUAUUGGAGCUGUGCUCUUAAACAUUCCUGCAUUUUUUGAGCUUUAUAAUUAUCUGUGUUAUGAUGAGGAGCAGAAUCGAAUAGCAAUCUCGGUUCGACUCACGGCUUUGCGAGGGAAAAAAGCCUACGCCUUAUAUCGUAUGAUCUCACGAAUGAUUGCCGUGUCUAUAGGACCGAAUCUGUGCAUUUUGAUUCUUACUCUGCUCACUGUAUUUAUGCUACGGGGUUCGAAUCGCACAAGGAGACAAUUAUUUCACUUGAAUGAAAACGUUCUGGAUCGCAAUGCCUCUAGAGAGAUUCUUCAAACGCUCAUCUCAAUCAUGUUAGUCUCAAAGUUUCUCCUCUUCAGGAGUCUGACUUUCGUGCUCGAUCUAGUCGAAGUGACAGUAGGAGUUGGGAGCUACAACUACUAUCUAGUGGACACCUCUAACUUCCUCGUUAUUCUAAACUCAGCCACAAAUAGCCUCAUCUUUCUAAAGGCAACUUCGUGGCUCAAUAACCGGCUAGUUGAAAGGAAGACGAUGCGGCGGAAGAAAACCGUUUGUGACGCAGCGCAGAUUCUCGGCGACCGCCUGAGCAUCCUCAGCUCAACUUGGCGUCAAGCAAUGAUAAAUAACAACGGAGAAGUUGGUGUACGGAUAUUGCAUUCGAUUUUACGGCGGCAACCAACUCUUCUAGCUGUGUUCCGAGCACCAAAUCUUAUGCUCUAUGCUAAUGAAAAGCUUGAAGCAGAGAUGUUUGCCUUGCUCGCACAUGGAAACACAACAGCAUUCAAUCUUCCAAGCAAUACAAAAUACACAGAAGUAGCUGAACGAAUCUCUUCCUUCAUAGGCGAGCUAUUGAAAAUGAUGCAGGAAGGAAAACCAGACGAGUACAUUAUUUUGCGAAUACGGCGAGUGGGAGCAAUACAUUUCCAACAUGGGAUCCCAUUCCCAUCAGCUGUUUGGCGAGAGUUCAAGUCAAGCAUUCUGACAAUCAUCUCAGAGUGCGACUUCAAAAGUGUUGAGGAACGCCAAGCUGCUCUGGACGCAUGGAAUUUUUUCAUAUCAUUCAUUAUCCGCGAAAUGAAAAUGGGCACUUGGGCAAUGGGAGACACAUUGAGUGGAAUCCCCUAA